CCGGAAGUAUGGGCGACAGGUGAUUAUGACGAGGAAGGCUUGCAUUUUCUUUUACAACUCAAUGGAACAUAGGGUUUGGCGAUGAUUGAACAACUUCAUUAAUGUUUGAUUCAUGGAGAUAAUUUGACGGAAGUAAAGCAAAUUGCCCCAAGUCAGAAAUCAGUGCAAUAGAGCCAUGAGUUCCUCAUGCUCUGAAGAGGUUGACCUACUUCAGGACUCAAAAUAUCGAUCGUACAUCCAGAGUGUUGAAAAAGCCCUGAAAAGCUUUGAAAACACCAGUGAAUGGGCAGACUUGAUAUCAGCUCUUGGGAAACUAAACAAGGUGCUCCAGUCUCACAAAAAAUAUGACGUGAUACCUAAAAAGGUGACCAUUGGGAAGCGUCUGGCCCAGUGUCUUCACCCAGCCCUUCCAGCAGGGGUACACCUCAAGGCAAUGGAGACCUACGACAUCAUAUUCAAUACCAUAGGGACCACGCGGCUUGCCAAAGACAUGUUCAUAUACAGCGCAGGCCUUUUCCCGUUGUUGUCAUUUGCUGCAAUGAAUGUCAGGCCAACGCUGUUGGCUAUUUAUGAGAACCAUUUCUUGCCUCUUGGCCAGAGUCUCCGGCCUGGGCUAACUGGACUGCUGAUGGGGGUGCUGCCAGGACUGGAGGAGGGUUCUGAUCAUUUUGACAGAACAAACUCUCUCCUGGAAGAAUUCUGCAAGGUCACAGAUUCCACAUUUUUCUACGGUUGUCUAUGGGAGUGUGUUCUGUCUGCCCCCACCAUCCGUCUCCCUGCAGUUAACUAUGUACUGGCCCACUACAACAGGAAACUGAGCAUGGAGGAUCAGCUGUAUAUCAUGGGCACCAACAUUGACAUUAUGGUUCAAGCUUUGAGUAGUGCCGUAGAGGAUAAAAGUGCUCUGGUGCAGCGUAGUGCUCUGGAACUGCUGCUCAGUGGUUUCCCCAUGCACAACAGUCAGCUGACCAGACCAGACAUGAUCAAACUACUCACCUCUGGCAUCUAUGUGGUCCUGCGGCGAGACAUGUCACUAAACAGGAGACUGUAUGCCUGGUUGUUGGGCACUGAUGUCAAUGGAACACCUCUCCUGUCUGUACCCGAACAGCACAAUAAGCAGCUGAAAAGAUGUGACAGCAGCGAGAGUGGGGAGACGGAAUUACAUUACUUUAAUACAUAUUCUAAAACCCUUCUGGUCCUGGCACUGAAGUCAGUAUUGAGUGAGGAAAGAGGGAGUGAAGAAGAAAAAGAAAACAGAGGAAAGCAAACUUUGAGUGCUGGGCUGAAACCUUUCAGAAUUCUUAUCAGCUUGUUGGACAAACCAGAAAUUGGUUCCUCGGUUGUUGAAGAUGUCUUAGUGGAGGUGUUCAGGUGUCUGUACAGAGAGUGUGCAGUGGAGCUGCAAUCAAAAUUGUCCAAGAAGUCUCGUGGUGAUAUCUAUAGAGAGGGUUCCAUCUCUAGCAUGGACAUGGGAGCAUUUCACUCUACUGAGAACAAUGUCAGAAAGCAUGAUCGUCUCAGCAAUGAACUAAUCAAAACAGCCAACUUAUUCUUUGGUACAUUUGAACCCUAUUUCCUGUGGGACUUCUUGACAAAAACCUUUGAAAAUGUUUGCAAAGCAAAAGAGCCUACUGCUGAGAAAGGAAAACCAAAAUUUGGAGCAGCUUUGAAUUCAAACCUAGGUGUUUCAGAGUUCUGCAGUUUGGCCAGUUUUCUACUGGAUACAGUGACAUUGGAAACUUACACAGAAACUCAAACAGAAUACCUUCCAGAGCUACUUGGUCACAUUACCACAUCAAUAACAGACCACUGCAAGGUUCUUACAGAUUCUGAGGUGACUGACGCUCUCAAACUGUGCUCCAAAAUCCUGGCUCAUGUGCUGCCAUCUAUGACUCCCUUGUCUGAUAACGACAGUGACAGCAGCUGUGAUGAUGAGGAUAUCUUUGAUGGGAAUUGCUCUUCUGUAACUCUGACAUCUGCCACUCCAGAGAAAAGAGGAAAUGAUUCAGAGAUGGCGUCAAGGGAGGGGUCUCUGGAUCCUACAAGGAAGACUGAUGAUGAGUGCUAUGAAAGUGCUGUAAGUGAUCUGGAAUCUGACAAGACACAUCCGUCAGAUCCAUCAGAUAAAGGAAAGUUGACUGUCCCAGGCAAGGGAGAGUCCAAUGCUAAAAAUAAAGACAAAACACCUCCUCGUAGUCCACUGAAGCUGUACACUUCCAAGCACAGUGCAGACCAGAUUCCUAAGAAACCAUUAACAACCAUGCAGGCAUGUGUGCAGUCUUUCCAGACAUUCUUUACUACAUUUUCUUACCACAGGAUCACCCCAGACACUGGAGUGCUGGAUGACUGCCUACAGAGACUUAUGAAAGGCUAUGAAGACAAGGUAUAUUCAGAGGAUAACGACACUAGUAACUCAGAAUCAGAUGACAGCCACAAGCCAACUGGAGAUGAUUUUAAGAUUCAGCCCCCUUCCACAGCAGGAAAGCAGUGUUCUGAAGCAUUCAUGGCAGCAUGUCAGUUGUUGAUUGAUUUCUCCAGCUUCCCUCUGUACUGUACUGAUCACAGCCUGAUUCUGGACAAGACAUUUGGUGUUGAUGGUGAUAUGUUUCCCCCCUGGCUGAAGAUACUUCUGUCCUGUGCCUGCUACAUGGACAACUUUGACAUCCAAGCUGGUGCAGUCAGUGCCAUGUUAGACCUGCUCACUCUCACUGGGUCCAUACUGGACCAAUGUGAAGACCUGGCCAGGAAAAGACAUUGCUCAGCCAGUGACGGGACAGUGUCAGUUGUCAUUGUGCCCCCACUGGCUCCUAAGGUCUUUAGACAUAUUAAUGGGACACCUAAGUUUUAUAAGAUUGUUGCUGAAAGACUGUGGUGCUACCUAGGACAAGACAGUCCCAACUGCCACCAGAAGGGUGUGGAGUUGUUCUUCCAGCUGCACCAGCUUGCUCCCACAGAGUGGGUGUGUGAGGAUGUGAUAGGGAAUGCACUGGUAUCAGAGAAUGAGCGAGAGAGGGUUGAGGCUCACCAGAAGUUUGCAGUGUUAUGGCACCUGACGAGAGAGGUCAGACACAAGCCAGGCAUGCCACAGGUCAAAAGAACUUUUGAAAGGUCUUUGUUUGUGCUGCUGGACAGCCUGAUUCUAGACAGCAGUCCAACCAAGAUGUUAGCCACUGAAUGGUUACAACAUGCUAUCCAGAGGGGAGAUAUCAACAGAGUUCUGGAGCCUGUACUACUGCUGUUACUUCACCCUGAUACUGCCAGGAUAUCAAUCCAACAUGUUGAUAUCCACCAGCCUAGAAAGGUCAGGCUUUCAGAGAGCAAUGAUGAGUCGGAUCACGAAGCCAAAAUCUAUGCCAUCAGCAGUGAAGGAGGCAACGUCAUCUAUCAUGUCUCCAGUGAUGUCAAACAAGUUGGCAAGAAGAACGCUGAGGACCUUAGAACCAUGGCUGCCUUGACAACCAUUGGUGAGAAGGAAACAACAAAGAUAGCCCCCGAGAAAGUUCACCAAGAUCUUUUCUUUGAAAAAGUGAACCCAGAUGCUAUGAAUAUGUUUGUUAAUCCAUUUGGGUCCAACACAUCCCUGGAUAAGGCAAUGAGAGAGGGGUAUGAACCUCCCCCCUCAGAGUUUCCUGAUGUCGGCAAAGUGAAGAGACUAGAUAAGGAUAUAUGCCAGAAAGAAGGAAUAACAUUUGACGAUGAUGUGGACGAGGAGGCAAAGGAGGUAGAGGAAGACAGUGAUGAAACAAAAGCUGAAGAUUUUGCACAGGAAAUCGUUGAAGAGCUCCUGGAUCAAGUUCUGCAUAAUGUUGACAAGGAUGCAAACUCUCAAGGCAGUCAGGAGUCACUGUGUCAGGACAGAGACCAGAGAAGCAGCAGUAUUGUUUCCAAGGCAAGCAGCAAUGAGGAUCUGUUGAACAAAAUUCAGAGUCGAAUAUCUGAGGUCGAUUCCAGCAGCGAGUGUGAUCCUUUGUCUGAGAGACGAGAAGAAAUGGAAGAAAUCCCAGGAAUACAUCCUCUUCACACCCAUAUUCUGCUGUACGCACAGAAAUACGACUGCCAGAGAACUCUGUAUGCUUUGACUAUAUUGAAAUCGAUGAUUGCCAGUAAUCCCAAACUCUUUAUGUGCACCAUAGCCUCUACCAGUAUUAGCAGCAGGAGGACGGCACAUCUUGUUAAACUUCAGAAUCUCUUGGCUCGCCACAGGAAGUCUGUGUUUGGGAAGAAUUUCUUUGGUGACCUGACAGGAGAGGCAGCCACCUAUAGGAACAGCAUGUAUCUUGAAAUCCUGAUCUCUGUGUGUCUGUACUUUGUGAGGAGUUAUUACCCAAACUUGAUGACCAGUGAGCUGUCUGAGCAAGAAUUGAUUGGGAACAAAGAGGUCCAGAUUCUUGCCACUGAAGUCCUAAGCUCCCUGCUGCUAGAGAUGAUUAGUGUGGUCAAGGAAAGUGGCAAAUCCUUUGCCUUUUAUGCCACAGAGCUGCUGAAUAAGUGCAAGGUGCAGAAAGCUGCGUUACACUGUGCACUGUCAAGUGUGUAUAACACAAGAAAGUUGGACACUUCGGCAAAGAAUAUCAGCUUCACAGACGCUAUUGUAGGCUUCAAUGACAACUACAUAAACCCAAGCACCAUAGAUGCAUUCCAAAGUAAACUGCUCAAUGUAUUGCUGAAAAUUGUCAUCUUGGAGGACUGCAUCAAUAAGACCAAGACUGACCAGGACCAGACUGUGACCACCUCAACAGACUGGGAAAGAUCCCAGGUCACCUUCGUACCUCAGCUUCUGUCAUCUGCCACAUUCAAAGCACGCCAGCCUGUGGCAUAUCAGGGGAUGUUUUUGUCUGCCAUAUUGAGUGGGUUGAAGCAGCAGCACAUGGCACACAUGCACCAGCAGUGGAUGAGACUGGUCAUCUCCUGUCUUCCACAUGUAGGCAAAGCUCUGCCAGACUUGGUCAAUAAUGUGGUCUGUCAACUGUGUAAAAACCUGGAAUUUUUGGCCUCUGAGUAUGCUGUGGGUGGAGGGAACUAUAGAAGAACACCUCGCCAUCCAGAUAAAAUUCCCCCAGAUCAUGUGAUAUCAGUGCUUGAAGGUUUGACAGGCAUCUGUCACUUCUGUCUCCUUGACAACACCAAUCAGGUGUCAGUAGGUGGGACUUCAGCAGCCACUUCUGCACAGUCACUGGAGAGCAAAAGUUCUGGGCAGAUCUUCAACAACCUGAUCCACGUGUUCAACCCAGCACACAGCAGGGAACCCAGUCCCCUGAAGGAGGUUGGUCCCCUCCCACCAGUGGUGGAAGCCAGGAGACUACUGUUGAGUAUCCUGCCCAGGGUGAUAGCUGCCCUCACUGUGCUCUGGAAGGCCAUUGAUAUCUCUGAGGCCAGGGAGGAUGAGGAGCAGCCAUGUUGGACUAUGGGAAGUCCCAAGGCUGUACGUCAGUGUAUCUUGGAGUUUCUGAGUCCUAUCUCGCUGUACCAUGGUGUGAACCUGCUGGGCUCUGUGGCUGUGGUAUGGAAUGACAGAAGGAAAAGAGAGGCUGGGUCACAUAGAAAGAAAAAGGCAAAAUGGAAGAAAGUAGAAGUAAUUCCAAACUGGUGUGAAGACCAACUGUUGCUGGUUGAAUUGGUCAGUUCUGUCCGAGUACUGCCCACUGACACCCUGAUCCAGACCCUGAGACAGGUGAUCAAGUCUCCUCCACCCACCAACCAAGACAGGAACAAGAAGCGUGUUCCCCUGGAGGUGAGCAUGCUGCAGUUCUUCUAUGCCUAUGUGGAGAGGACACCUGCCCCUCAGCUGCUGGACAGCUGGUCCUCCCUGCUGGCACUGUUCAAGGAGGGACUUCAACUGGCUCUGGUACCCCCAGGACAGUUCCUGCUGCUGGGUAUUUUGCAUGUGUUUGUGCAUAAAAUACCCCCAAUGGAGUCCAGGAAGGAUCACAAAGAUCUGCAGGAUAUUGCUCAAAAGCUUCUAGAGGCAUGUAGCUUGAUUGCCGGCUCUUCCCUUGAGCAGACGACAUGGCUCAGGAGGAACCUGGCCGUGAAACCAGGCCCCCAGAAUGAUGUUGUGGCGGCAGAAGACCAUGAACAUGACGCUGAGGGACCUUCCUCUGUCCCAUUGACCCUUGCUCAGUCCAAGGCAGUCCUGAGCUCCAGUCAUGCUCAGUACAGUGUUCAGGCCCUGGUCAUGUUGGCAGAGACAAUUGCCUCAGUCCUGGACAUAGUGUAUGGCAGUGAUGAGAAGGACAAAGUUGUACCAUUUCUGAAUGCAAAUAUCAUGUACCAUGUCUUCCCUUACCUCAAACACCACAGCACACACAACCUCCCCAGCCUCCGUGCCUGCUCCCAGAUCCUGUGCAGCCUCAGUGGAUACCAGUACACAAGGAAAGCUUGGAAAAAAGAGGCAUUUGAGAUGCUUCUUGACCCAACCUUCUUCCAAAUGGACGUUAUCGCUCUUCAGAAUUGGAGAAUAGUCAUAGACAACCUGAUGACCCAUGAUAAAACCUCAUUUAGGGAUUUGAUUACUCGUGUGUCUGUCAAUCCCUCCACAGCCAUUAACAUAUUCUCCAGUAAAGAGCAGGAGUUUGAGCAGAGAGCACAGCUGUUAAAGAGGCUCUCCUUCACCAUAUUCUGCAGUGAGCUGGACCAGUAUGCUAGAUAUAUGCCAGAAAUACAAGAGCGUCUUGCUGAAAACCUGCGUAACUCCCUAGUGCCUGCAGUCCAGCAGCAAGUUUUCCUGUGCUUCAGGGUGCUGAUGUUGAGGAUGUCCCCACACCACCUUACCUCUCUCUGGCCAACCAUGAUUACUGAGCUGGUGCAUGUUUUUCUUCAAAUGGAGCAAGAAUUAGCUUCAGACUUUGAAGAUAGAGGACAUAGUCAGAGCAUGGCUAACUUGGACUCUACCUGGGCCAAUGGUUAUCUGGGCCACAGCAGUCCUGACUGGCUGCAGCUGUACCUUGGGGCCUGUAAACUGCUGGACCUGGCACUGGCACUGCCUGCUGAGAUGCUGCCACAGUUUCAACUGUAUCGCUGGGCAUUUGUUGGGGACCCUGGUCUAGAGGAAGAGCAGAGGAAGCCUGGAACAUCCUGCUUCUCACCUCACAUUGUCAGACUAGCUAAGAUUAUGAAAAAGAAGUCAAAAGAGCAAGUCCGCCUCAUUAUGAGAGAGCCAGGCAAACCUCUGCUAACAACCUCCUAUAUCAAGACACUGUACGACCUGCAUGGCUUUUUCAGCACCCUUAGCCAAAGCAGCCAAUCUGGAUACAGCUUACAAUCUGUUUCAACAGCAGACGGCCAAUCAAAGUCAGCCAUUCAUAAGUCAAAAUCUGCCCCUGAUAUGCGGAGGGUCAACUCGAUCACUUCUCUGCCCUCUUUGAGAUUGGAAUCCAUGAGUAACAAGCGGCUGAUUGAAUUUAUCAUUGAGAAAGAUUUUGUAGAACCUAUGUAAUUAAAUGCAGUCUUGAUAUGUUCUUUCCAGCAAUAAUAGUCCAUGAAAUGGUUGAUGAGGACAGUUCAUCACGAAAAAUAAAUAUGAAUGUUUCAGGAUUGUGUCAGUAUUUUCUUGAACUGACAUAUCAUAUACACGUGUAUGUUUAUAUGUAAUUAUUAAUGGACAUUGACUACUGAAGAUCUAUUGUGUUAUUUAUUUAAUGAAAAAUUAAACAGUGGUGGUCCAAACAAUAGUAACACAAAGUAAUUAAGUAUUAAAAAUAGUAUUGAAGUAUUAAAGAGCAUUUUUUUCUGUCAAUAUUUCUACAUUCUUGGCUGAUGUUCAUUUUCAUUUUUGCAGCAGCAAUUUAAUAAUGCACGUUAGGUGAAUCUGUUUUUUCUAUACCUUUAUCUUUUUCUUUUUUAGUGUGUUUGUGUGCAAAGGCAUUAAAGCUUUUCUGUUUAUAGAAAACUAAGCUUUUAACUAAAUGGUUCAUUCUUCUUCAUGCUUUUUCAUUUUUCUUCAUUCAUACGUAUUUUGAAUUUCAGGAUAUGGGGGUAUGUGGACUGUUCUUGUUUGGGGAUUGAAAAGUAAUCAAACUGAUCCAAAUCUUGUUUCACCCUUAUAUUCAUAUCUAGUUAAAAUAUAAAAAAAUAAUGCUAAUGGGCAGUAGAGAUGUGCAUGUACAAAGUAACUGUAAUUUAUUUUGAAAAUCAAGAAAUAACACUUUUGCUUGAUGGAAAUUUGGAACCAUUGUACUAGGUCCAUGGUUCAUUUUUAGUUAAGGUGUGGAAUAUGCGGCUUUUCUGGUUUUUUAAACAUUUUGGUAUCAUUAUUUAAACUGAGAGUUUGCAUAUAAUCAGAUAAUUGUUUCCACAUUGAUCAUUUCAGUCAAGUUUGUACCAUUAAAAUUAAUAUGUAUUAUUCAAGACUUUUUUCUUAUUAUGUGAUGGUUUACAUUGUUUAAAGGCUGUCGUUUUAUUUUGACUUUUUUGUACUUUGAGGUUUGUGCAAUACUAUUAUAUAAGUACUAUUAUACUACAUCCCUUUAAUUAAUUGACCAAUCAAUAAAUUACUCGAGGAAAUAUUAUGAUCAGAAACAUCUCUUAGAUGAAAUUCCUAGAAUUGCAACAAUAUUACUAAGAAUUGCAAGAAUAUUUCAAGAUGAAUGACAGUUGCAGUGGUAUUUGGAAUGUCGGUGCUAACUAGCUAUAGUGAUCUGUAUUAACUGUGAUACUGGAGGACAUUCUUGAUUUUUUCCCCUAUUUUUGUUCUAUUAAAAUUUUUCCUGGACUUGGAAGUUGUUAACUAGUUAUAUGGAGUUAGUUUGAGUGUACCAGAAGCAUUGAAGCUUUGUAGACACAUUUGUAAGUUCUUAUGACAGAAAUGUCACAAUAAACUACCCAGGUGCUGGUUUAUUUGAAUUUUAA